CUCGUCCUUUACAUCGAUAACCCUGUCUCCUCCAGUCCCUUCUAUUAUUGGUUUCUUCAUCCAAUCGAGAGAUAAAUCAACAAACAAAUAGCAGAAAAUGGCAUUAGUAGAAGAACCCAUGUCGCCACCGGCGGUUUCGUCGAGUGCUUCCGCAACGAAUAACUCAUCUGACAGCUCUACUCCACCGGAAGCCUCGACACCUGCACCGGAAGUAGUCCACAAGGCUGGAGUUGGCGGUGUUGUUCCGACUCCACCGCAUUCCCAGAGGUCGUUUAAAUCGCCCUCAAAGCCCAAAAUGCGACGAAAAGUUUCUGUGGAAGAUGCUCUAGCCACAUCCACAGCCGUUCAGCGUUUGGUGGAAUAUUUUGUGGUGGUUUCAUCCCAACCACGAUGGGAAACAACUCCACGCUUGCAGACUCCUGACCCCAAGAGUCGCAAGAAAGGAGGAGAAAAGAAGGCCAAGGAUCCUCCUAAAACUGUUGAAAAGCCCAUUGUCUUUGAAACCCCCAGCCAAAACCAACGCACUACAACACAUUUUGACCCUGACAACUUGAUCUCACCUGAACCUCUGAACCCUCCAACCACCAAGAAAAAGCCCAAACCUCUUGGUUCCAGAUUUCGAUUUAGAGUCCUAGACAAUGACGCUACUGUGGAACAACGGCCGUCAUUCAGUGAUGAUGAUGAAAAGAAGGAAGUGGACUCAGCAACAAACCCGCUGGAGGAACCGGCUUCUCCGACUCCUCGAAGCGAGUGGACUCGAGACGAUGAUGCUCAAAGCACAGCACCCGACUUGGAGGAAACUGGUCAAUCAGGAUCUGAUGAAAAUAUUCACAUGCCUUCGCAUAAGAAUUGUAACCAUUCUUUUCAGCCCCUGAUUACGGCACGGUUUCCUCUCAUGGAUCACGCUGACAAUCCCUUGAAUCCAAUGAUUACUCAAUUUUGCUAUCCCUCUGGAGAUGUUAUUGUGCCAUCUCGAGUUUAUGAGUUGCCACGGGUCCACCACUUUGUUCUUACCAACGACAAGGGCAGAAAGGUCUAUGGGACAUGCUUGACCAUUAUGGAGGAGUACCAUGCGUCUGAGGAAGAACCAUGGAUCCGAAGAGACAAUAUUCACAGUGAGGACUCUAGCCAUGAUAUUGAGGUCACUGUCAGCGACAAAGACUCGGCACUCUAUAUCCCCAAGGUCCUCUGUAUUCUUUCCACCUGGCCCUACCUGACAGCAUUCCGAGAAUAUUUGGCUCAGCUAUAUCGGCUCUCGUCCUCCACAAACAUUAUGAAGGCCCCCAUUGAGCGCUAUGUCAUCAACAUUACCCAAGAGAUUCCAGCACCACCACCGGGUGCCUACGAAGUGCAAGUGUCAAUCCUGAACUCCACCAUUAGAUUUUGGGCACCGCCUGCCAAGUUGCCCAUUGCCUACGUCGCUCUACCUUAUCAAACCCUGUUUGAUUGCCUGGACGUGGAGAACAUUCUCCUCUUGUGGAAUGCUCUGAUCAUGGAAAAUAAGAUCCUGUUGGUGUCGAGUCAAUAUUCCGUUUUGACGGUGUGCGCCGAAAUCUUGACAUCUCUCUUGUUUCCCAUGCGAUGGUGUCAUCUUUAUGUUCCGCUGUUGCCACGCUUCAUUUGCCCCAUGCUGGAUGCUCCGGUCCCGUACUUGUGUGGGGUUGUGCGAGAGAACUGGCUUUAUGCUCAGCAAUUUGUCUGCAGAGAAACUAUCAUUGUGGAUUUGGAUAGGAACACGGUCGCAACCGGGGAGAUGACGCCACCAUUUCUUACCCCGCCAAUUAAAAAAUGGUCCAAGCUGAGGGCGGCCAUCGAGCAGACAGCUGGGAGCUUGUUUUGGAAAACACGGGGAUUGGAUGCUGAAUAUCACAAACUCAUGAAUGGCCGACGUAUCAAUCUUCGACGAAACCUCGCCAAUCUACAAAAGAAGGGGUCACAGACGUGGAAGGAGAAACUGCAUUCGUUUGAUCACGCCUUCAAUUUAGCUUUCACUCCCACUUCGGCAAACAUCCUAAACGACAAUAUCUCCGACUACGAGCAGAGUCAAUGGGACCGAGUCCAAGAAGCCUUCCUUCGGUUCUUCGUUGCGCUUUUGAAGGACUAUCGGAAGUUUGCCAAGCCGCCAAACGGAAACGAGCCAGGUGUAUUCCGCAAGGAAGACUUCAUUGCGUCGCAAAAACCAGAAAACCAACCUUUCUUAGCCGCGCUGUGCGAGACGCAACAGUUUGAGGAUUAUAUCACCAAGCGGCUCUACAGCCCUGGCGAGCCUGACGUGAUCUUUUUUGACCAGAGCAUUGACGCGAAACUAAACCGAAGUCGCUUGAAGCUUCGAAAGGUGGACACUCCGUUCUUGCAAAGCGCCAAGGCCCACAAGGUGCUCAAGAAGGUCCAAGCGGUCGAGCCCAGCACGGAAGGGUUGUCCGAAAGCAGAAACUCGGAACCAUACGUCUACAAAGUGUGGCCCGAGGUAUUCGACCUCUCCUUGGUCUGCGCUCCAAAGCCUAUCCCAAGAAUGAUUGCAGCAGAGUUCGAUCGUCAAUGCGUCUUGGUAUCCCGUUUGCGAUUGGCCAACUACAAGCCUCGAGAGGAGGCCGACAGCAUCGAUCUUGUUCCAGACGAACAACAAGACUUCUUUGCGGCUGAUUACGACUCUUCCCCGGAGUGCGCAGCCUUUACAGUCUUCUUUUUCGCCUACUCUCAUUUCAUUGGCCGUGAUUGGCAGGAGUACCAAAAGAAGCGAAAGGAACUGGAAGCAGAGAAUCUUGCGAGGACCCCUCUGUUUUCACCCGGGACCACAAAAACUCCAGAACGGUCCUCGCAACAGCAUGUUAUUGACGAAAACAGGGAGCUUCCAUCAAACGCUUUGACUACUGGGAACCACCAGGAUCUUUCAUCUGCCAAUUGCAACGACGACUGCUAUAUUGCAGUCUGCGACGAUUGUACUAAGGCAACGGUUGGAUCCACCCUUCCCUACACUUCUCCGUUCCCAAUUAUGUAUCCAGAUUUCAAGAAGUUUUCGCUUCUUGCUAGCGCGGUGAAGCGCACUGCGUCCAAGACAACCGAGCCUUACGUGACUCCCAAUAGAACCGCGUCACUUGUGGACAACAUUGCAGACGAUUCGCUGGCUGAGUACGAGGAAGCCCGUGCAGUUGCGAGCGCUCAGUUGGACCUUGGUUUUGAGACGCUGAAAACAAUGUCGCAACUUCGACACUUCGCACCGGAUCCCGACGCCUACAAAUCUCUCAUGGGCGCUUGCGGCAGAUGUGGUGAUACACAGCGGGCUUUGGAGCUCAUUGAAAUCAUGAAGCACGAUGGUUUAGUUGACGGUGAAGUGCUCUCUUGGUUUGUCUCUGCGUUUGCCCACAACGACGACGCGGCCCUGGCUAGUCGGCUCUCUCCCGCAAACAGAGACAAUGUGAAGUCGCCUCACCGCGGUUCAGACGAUGCCUACUACAAGUACCUCGAGAAAAAACUCGAACUGUUGGAAUGCAGUCGUGAGCUCCGGGGCUCGUCCUCCUGUCUGACUGGUCUCCUGUCUUCGGACGAUGAAAGUGUGUUCUCUGCUGAUUCAUCAUCAUCUUCGGUGGCAAGCGCACCGGUACAAUCCACAUCAUCGUUCAUGGAAUGGUUCACGCCUCACAAAAAGACCAACAAGAAGAAGCGCAAGUCGAAACGUAAACGUCGCAAGUCCUCUCUUCAGAUUGGCAUGCCCGUUUCUGAUGUUGUUGCAAAGCAAGUCAUGUUGGCCGAGAACUUGUUGGACUUUUUGUACCCAAGUUUGUCUAUUGACACGCACGGAGACUGCUGUCCGCAAUGCUCAGCCGAGUUGAAGGAGUCGGACAUUGUCCAGGGGUGGGUUCCUUGCGCCUUUAGCAACUUCACAACUGCCUGUCCUGCUUGCAAGCACAGAUUCGUUCCUCGAUUCUCUGUGACCAAUUUGGCGCCUGACUUUCAGGGCAGCCAGGGUUUGGGAACGCCACUGUACUGCGAAUACUUGAGUCCGUGGGUGCUCCGCAAAGAGCUGCACGCCGUUGCCAAAGGAGAGGGUGGAAUCGAAGAAUUGACCAAGCCAGAGUGGAGGAGCGGGAACGAUAUUCAUUCCACGAUAUGGUGGAACCUCAUUGUGCUCUGCAGAAAGUACAGAUUGCCUUAUACUUUUCUGCUUCAGGGGAGCUUUCUUCAAAACCGUCUCAUCACAGCAACACCUUGAUGUUUUGCAAAUAAAUCAAAAGCAUGAGCAAUGUCAAGGACGGACGGACCUUUUGGUGAACAUUAUAGUCAUACACCAAACCAAAUAGCUACCACCAAACUAUCCU